AUGGGCGCCUUCGACCAUGCCACAUCGCUCAAUGAGCGCAUCUUCUUCGCCGGCCGUCGACGAAUUAUCAUCCUCACCGCUGUCCUUCUCUCUGCCUUUGUCUUCCUCCUUUUCACGUUCCAUACAGACUCUCGCCCAGAAUGGACGAAGACAUUGAACAAUAUUCAUGUCUUCGGUGGCAAAGGGACGACCUUGCGACCUGCAGAGUUCCACAUCCUCAUCCCCGUAAACAAGGCGGAUGCAAACCUGUGCAAAGGUAUUCUUGCUGGGGCUAUCCUGGGCUAUCCUGCGCCCACGUUAUACAAUUGGAAUGCAACAGGAGAGCCAAUGAUGGCGAAGAUCACAGAAGCACCGAGAUUCUUUGAUAGCCUGGACAAAAGGCAUGAUGAAGAUCUUAAUAAUGAGUGGAUACAAAAGCAGCUAGGAGAAGAGACAGGCCGGCAUAUACACAUUGACCAUAAGAUCAUCUUUGCCUCGCAAAAGAGGUGCUGGCCGGGUAAGCCUGCUGACGCCAAAUGCGCCAACUACUACGAGUCCCCGCUAGCUCGCGACAUGUACGGUCCCCAAACAGACCAGAAGUCUGACGACCCUCGCAACCCCUAUCUACACAUGCGCCCUAAAUACCUAAACGCGGGCUUUAUUCUUGGCCGCGUGAAAGAGCUGCGGCGUUUAUGGGGCCGCGCCCUUGAAAAAGCAGAAGAAGAUCUCGAUAUCGAUGGUCAUGAUCAGAACGUCUUCGCAAGAACAUGGGGUGAGCAGAACCACCAACGUGCAUCUCCCAUGUCAACGCAUAAAGUCCGAGUGCGUGACGACGCCGCUGUGGAAACGAAGAUCGACGUUCCCUUCGACCCCAUCCCAGACAAGAAUUACGAGUUCGGCGUCGGGCUAGACUACACCUCUUCCCUCUCCAUCCCCACCGUCUUCUCCGAAUACGACAUCGACUGGGUCACCCUCUCUAAUGCCUCCUCUGUCAAUGCUUCCUUGCAAAGUUUCAACAUCUCUGACCCUCCCUACGGCGCACACCGUCUUCAAUCCGACAUCGCCGCCCUCCCUCCACCUUUCGCUCUCCUCUCAAACGUCUCUACGGAAAAUACCAAGUUCAACACCUCGGCGUGGUAUAACGGGCCAGGAACAAGCUGGGCUGACAUUCCCCUCUUCACACACCUCUACACUGGCAUCACAACCGCCAUCAUCCAUCAUAACGCACAUCGAGACGGGUUGAAGGCACGGAGAACGACCACCUGGGAUCAGAUGUGGUUCCAACCCUAUGGCCGAGCUCUAGUCCGCGAAGCGCUGAAGAGGAGGAGAACAAGACAGCCCAUUGCUGUGGAUAAAUAUGGGAGGGAGUGGUUCGCACCGAGUCCUGGGAAUAGUCAGAAGGGUUCUGGGGACGGUAAUGCUGAGAAGGCGGGACUGAAAGUAGAGAGGCCUGGGAUGGGAAAGGGUGCGGGAGGUAAGGGAGGCGGGGGCGAGGGAGGUGGUGGGGAGAUAUGGGGCGCGAGGACGAUUGAUGAUAGGGGUAAUAAGGCGUGGCUGAGCUGGGGUGAUAUGUGUGAUGAGAAAGCACAAGAGGAGGUGUUUAGAGAUGGGGAAGGAGUUUGGGUGGGUGAGGGAUAUGGGUUUUGA